AUGGCUUCAGUAUCUGCAGAAACACUUUCGUGUCCUCUGUGUCAUGAAAUCUUCAAGGCUCCAGUUGUUUUAUCAUGUGGUCACAGUGUCUGUAAAGUGUGUCUUCAAAAGUUCUGGAGAACUAGGGAAGCUCAGGAGUGUCCUGUCUGCAGGAAGAGAUCCUCAAAAGAGUUUCCUCCUUUAAAUGUUGAGUUACACAAAUUGUGUGAGUCAUUCCUGAAGGAGAGAAAUGAGAACCUUUCAUCAGGAUCUGAGGAGAUCUGCAGUUUACACGGAGAUAAACUCAAACUCUACUGUCUGGAUGACAAACAGCUGAUUUGUUUAGUGUGCAGAGAUUCACAGAAACACGACAAUCAUAAAUUCAGACCCAUCCGUGAAAUGAUUUUAUCAUAUAAGGAGGAGCUCACUACGGCACUAAAGUCCUCACAAGAGAAACUUCAACACAAUAAACAAAUGAAAGGAAAUUUUGAGAAAACAGAUCAACACAUCAAGUCUCAAGCUGAUUGCACAGAGCUUCAGAUUAGACAGCAAUUUAAGAAGCUUCGUAAUUUUCUCAAAGAGGAAGAAAAGGCUACAAUCACUGCACUGAGGGAGGAAGAGAAGCAGAAGAAGCAGAAGCUGGAGGAGAUGAACCGACUAAUCUCAGCUCUUUCACACACAAUCAAAGACAUGGAGGAGAUGAUGAAAGCCAAUGACAUCUGCUUUCUAAAGAAGUUUGCUGUCACAAUGGAAAGAGUCCAGAGCUUACAGCCGGAUCCACAGAUGAGUUCAGGAGCUUUGAUUGAUGUGUCACGUUACUUGGGCAACCUGCCGUUCAGAGUCUGGAAGAAGAUGGAGGACAUUGUCCAAAACUCUCCUGUGAUUCUGGAUCCAAACACUGCACAGCCAUGUCUCGUCCUGUCUGAUGAUCUGACCAGUGUGAAAAAAAGUGAUACACAUCAAGAUCUUCCUGAUAAUCUUGAGAGAUUUGACAACUAUGCAUGUGUUCUGGGUUCAGUGGGUUUUAAUUCAGGAACACACUGCUGGGAUGUGGAGGUUAAAAAGUCUUCAUGGUGGAGUCUUGGAGUAACUACAGCAUCAAACCAGAGGAAGGGAAAGGUUUUCUAUAAGAGUGAUGUCUGGUUUGUGCAGUACGGAUGGUCUUUUAAAUCUGGUUUUAAAGUUGAUCAGAAUCUCAAUCGUGUGAGAGUGAAUCUGGACUAUGACAGCGGAACGGUGUCAUUCUCUGAUCCUGAAACAAACAAACAUCUACACACAUUCACAACCACCUUCACUAACACACUCUUUCCCUUCUUUCAUUGUUAUCCCUCUCUGAGUAUCUUACCGGUCAAUAGUCAGUAA